AUGUUCACGGGGCUCCUGCUAUUUUCAGUACAUUCCCCAAUGCAAAUCGCAACUACAAAGCUUGCCACACACCAAAUUGCCCUACCCAAAUCAGGGACAGAGCUGGUGUGCCCCCUGAUACAUGUGAUUCCAACAUCGGGAGCCUGAGAUAGCCUGCCACCGAUGGCUGAGAUGGGGGAGACAGCCGUUCUCCUCGUCCUGACACUGGCGGUGCGGACACAUCGACACCCUACCUCUACUCCCCCAGGGACCAGCAGGGGUGAUCCCGGUCCACUCCCGGGAGGCAACUCUGCUCCAUAAGACACACGAGCAGGUUCUGAAGGAGCACUACCCAGCAAAGGAGAAGAGGAAAAUGGCAGACGACACGUGCUACCACACAAGCUGGGACCUAGAAGCCAGACUGGACAGCAUGAUCGCAGCCUUCUGGAGAAAGCUGGAGC